UACCCAGCCAGCGCCUUCCAGAGCACCAGCUUUGUUUGGAUUUAUUACACUGAAAAGAGAUUUCCACAUCGAUGUUUUUUUCUGGUUUGAACCUUUUUUUAAAAAAACUGUAGGACGGAAUUGUGGCACAUUGGAGUUUCCCGAUGCGCGUCAAGGGGCGAUACAAUUACCCACGCGCGAGUCUCAAUCCUGAAUGUUUGUCCUUGCAUGGCCUGAGCGAAAUAUAAACAGCUGGUGUGAGCGUGUGUAUGUUUAGAAACUGUUAAAUCAACCUGCUGCUGUUGGUGUGUGUGUGUGUGUGUGUGUGUGUGUGUGGAGAGAGAGAAAUUGGAAAUAAGGCGUCCAUCUCGCAGCGCGCACAAAUUCCUGCAAUGAGGAUCUGUCACACUUUGCCAAGAUUUUUAUGUGGCUAAAGCCGGAGAUUUCCUACCGACUGGACACAGUUUGAGGAGUUAGAAGUUUUUUUUGAAGUGUUUGUGUCUUGAACGACUCUUUCCAUCACGGUAUCAAUGAUGACUGAGAACAGCGAGAUGGAGAGCGACUCUCAGCUUCAGCGCUCUCCAAGCACCAUGUCCAUCCAGCCGAUGUCAUCCAAGCUCCAGAGACUAAAGCGCUCUCUGUCCUUCAAGACCAUCAUGCGCAGCAAAAGCGUGGAGAACUUCUUCCAAAGGUCCUACAGUGACGCUCGCCUGCCCCCGGACUUCAUCACUGACCCACCGCCUCCUUCUCCCCCACUGCUGCCCGGCUCUCCGCUCGUCGGGGACUGCUCGCCGUCCAAUUCGCCAUCUCUCAGCCCCAACCCCUCCAUUUCCUCCUACUCCCCGUCUCUCAGCCUUUCCCCAUCGCUGCCCAUCAAGCCGCCCCGACCACAGAUCAACCACUGUUUCCAGGACCAUGUCUUUCGCAAGCCCACCAACUGCCAGCACUGCAAGCACAUGAUAGUGGGAAACUCCAAACAGGCUCUGCGGUGUAAAACGUGCAAGAUGGCUGCUCACCUGUGGUGCACCUCAGAACUAUCGCAGCAGCUGUGUCACGGGAAGUCUGGAGCAUUCAAGCGAAACUUCAGCUCACCGCUGCUCGUCAACGACCAAUUGUCUGUCGUCAAGGAAGUUCAGCCAAGCCAAGAAGCUGUGCGGAUGCGUGUAGACCCCGUGUAUGCCGCCUUGCGCUACGGGACGUCCUUGGCACAGAUGAGCCGCUCCAGUUUUGGCAGUUUGUCAGAGUCGCCAACACGCAGCCUGGGGGAGGGAGGUGAGGAGAUGCAGCAGAGACAGUGCAGCAUGGAGGAAGAGAUAACCCAGGAGACAGGGGAUGACCCUGUCCCCAAUGUCGAGAUUGAGAAGGAGGAUGACGAGAGCGGCGGCCAAGCUGACACUCCUGCAGAAGCUCAGACUCAAGCAGAAGCUCAGACUCCUGCAGAAGCUCAGACUCCCGCAGAGGAGAGCAGUGCAAUGGUGCCCAAGCGCAUCGAAGUUCACUCCAUCCACACCUAUGUAGCGCUCUACAAGUUUCUGCCUCAGGAACAGAAUGACCUGGAACUUCAGCCCGGUGAUCGUGUGCAGGUCACUGACGACUCCAACGAAGAGUGGUGGAAGGGCAAGAGUGGCGACAAAGUUGGCUUCUUCCCUGCCAACUUUGUGCAGAGGGUCCGGCCAGGAGAGCGAGUGUGGCGGGUCAUCCAGAGUUUUCCCGGCAACCGAGAGAGAGGCCACAUGGCUGUGAAGGAGUCUCAGAUCUGUGUGGGGAAGCGGGAAGAUGGCGAGCUCUUCCUGAAGCUAAGCAGCGGGAAGAAGAGAGGGCUGGUCCCAGCUGACUCCAUAGAGGAGAUCUGAGCCUCUGUGCUCACAUCGCCAUUCAUCCACUUCUACUUCCCCAUGGGAGGCACCCAUCCUCAGACCAACACCAUCACCCCUCCCCCACCUUGCCCUCGGCAAGACAACAGCCGCAGCCUCUCUAGCCAAUCCUGACUAGACCAAACACAGAUAAGCUGGAUGAAAAACACACACUUCUGCUAAGAGCUGGAGCCACAGCCCCCCAUGAACACAUGGCGUCCAGUUGAAUUGAUUUACUGUCUUUAAUAGAGUGAACAGUUAUGCAGUAGUCCUGUUUUUAGAAAGGAACUGUUCCUCAGCAGUCUAGUUUUAUCUUUCCAAUACAAAAAUCAAUGUUUAGUUAGACAAAGGAUUCACAAGCCACAAAUGCUUUAAAUAUGCUCGCCAGAUGCCGGCUCAGAUUUUGUUUUCCCCCAUCAAAAAGACGUCUACCGACGUGGGAGGAGGCUGAGUCCCAUCAUGGGAACAUGAUGCUUCUGUCAGCGUCCUUUUCUUCUUUCUACCCACUCCGUAUGUCUCAUCCCUAUCUGCUCGUGUCAGGGUCUCUGUGGCCUGGGGACUGAUAUCAGCCUCAUGUAGACUGCCGCACAACAUGGGGCACUUGCCAAGGACAAACCACUGCCUGCCAGAGAAAGCCGCUGCCAUUCAGACGAAGAGGAGAAUCAGAUGAAAGGAGGAGACACGAUCCGAAAAUCCUCAGCACUGUCAGGCUGAGUUAUAAAUGCACUUGCCAACUUGAGAGUGCAGCAAUGAGAAGGUUUUCAAAGGGAAAUUGAAGGCUCUGAGGAUCUUUUCGCAGGCAACUCAGAAACUUUUUUCCCCCCUGACUUUUUCAGUAUAAUAUAACAAUGAAAAUAAGGUACAAAAAAUGCAUCAGCAUAUAUUAAUUUCUGGCAAGGGAGCAUAAAUCUGCCUGAGGACCAUAUGCUCCACAAAUAGGUCAGCUCAACAAAUUUUGCAAAAAAAACCUUUAUCUUUCAACUAUCUACCAGACAGGAACUUAAACUUCCAGGAAUUUCUCUUAUUUUUUGGUGUACAUGUAUAGGGGUCUUAACUUUGUUGUCUGUUGUUUAAAGCAAAUAUGAUGCAGGAUAAAUCAAAAGGAGGGUAGAUGAAACUUGUGUCUCUCCAGGAAAGAAAAAGUUAGGGUGGUGUUGCCUGGUUCUGCUGGUUGUUGUGAGUAAAACCUUCCAAGUGUAAAAGUGUUGGUUACUGCUCUCCUGCUUUCACAUAAAGGAGCCUGACGGACAUAAAAGGUUUGGUUUCUGCAGAGACCUGCUGAAGAGCUGCUGUGGGUGUUGCAAACGUUUCACAGUAUCAUAACAUGAUUUCAGCGGAGCCGGAACAGUGGGAAAUAAAGCGCGGCCGGUCUGCCAGAAAAACGACACAAUGGGGAUCUUUCUGACCACAGUGAGGAGUUUCACUGACAGCUCAGAGGAGUACACAGGGAAAACAGACGGAGGAGGAGGUGCAGUGAGAGGAAUGACAUCAGUGUAGAGCCGUUAUGAGUCAGUGCGUGCGUGCAGGUAGUGUCGUGCCCAUGGGUGCACGAGUCAUCAUUGAUCAAAUGUCAGCCUGUCAUCUCCAUCUUCUGCUCCCUGUUUGGCCUCUCUCGUCUUCUCUUUAUUGAUGCAGCUGUUCGAUUAUGACAUAAAGUGAAGGUAUUUUUUCUCCUGUACUGUGUGGUGGCACACUUUUGAUGCUUCCCAUCGAUUCAUUCAUCCGUAAAAGAAAGUUGAUGUUUUUCUUCAAAAGGACACCUUGUUCAAGAGAGAGGAUACAAACUCAGCUUGUGUCACAAAUAUGAAGAAAGAGUAGAAUAAUGGCACUGCAAACGAUGUAAUAAUUUAAUUCAUAUGUCUUCUUUCAGAGCACAGCGAUCUAGCCAACGUGAUCCUUCUUUAGUCUUCAUUUUAAUAUUUGUAAAAAGCCUUUAGAGACUGUGAGAAAUAAGCUUCUCUUGUAAUAACAAGAAUAGCACUUUAUUUUGUGUCAUCUUGAUAAGUUCUGUUGAGGUAUCUAGUUCAUAGUGGUAGCCGUCGUAUUCACUGAUACUUUACCUGCGACUUCACUUCACCAUGGAGCUCUCUAGUCGAAGGGCUGAUGGCUUGUCUUUGUGCGUCUGAUGGUUUUUUAAAGUCAAGAGAAAAACUGAGAAUUACACCGCAGUAUAGACAAUACAGUUGUCCUGGAGAGAGAAGAAGAAGAAGAACUGGAUUUAUGAGUUUUACCAGUGUAACCACUUUGUUAUCUUGCAUCGUGCUUAGUUUUAUGUAGCGUCACAUGUUCACACCUUUGAGAAUUCAAAAUGUUAAGUAUGUGUUUGGAUGUAUCCUGAGUCCAGAGUCAGUGGUUGGCCACAUACCUCAAUAAAAGA